AUGUUGACAACAAAUCUUUCAUAUUUGCUUCUUGCAUCAUCCACCUUCAUAUUCAAUGUUUCUGCCGGUCGUUUUGAUAUCCGAAAGAGAAACUUGUAUAGUGUUCAAAAAAAUGUCAUCGUCACCGAACAGGUGGACGUAAUUAAGUUCCCUGACGGAUCUAUUUCGACAGGUCGCGCUGUCCCUGUCGAAACAGUUAGCUAUCUCGAUAAAGCCACUUCCGUUAACAACGCGCCUCCAGCAACUUCAACUUCCCUACCGGUACAGCCGCAAGCGACCACUCCUCCAGCACCCUUCAAAGCCAAAGACACCGAACCUGAAGCUCCAGCUCCACCUCCACCUGUCAAUCCGCCCUCUCCCCCCACUGAAGACUCACCCAACAACGACGAUCCAGCUGAUACGAAUGAUGAGCCUGCAACUCCAGUAGCUCCUUCUCCUGAAGCUCCUGCCACACCUUCAACCCCACCCACCACCGAUCCGGAAAUUGAACCAACAACACCUGAGCCUCAACCAGCUCCACCAGUUGUCAACCCUCAGCCAGCUCCGCAAAACCCAAGCACACCUCCCGCGCACGAUGUCUCAAAGAAAUCUGGAAAGCGUGGACUUGCAUUCAACGAUGUAUCUAAACUAGCAGCAUUUUCAUCUUCAUCCAAAGUCUCCUGGGCUUACAAUUGGGGCAGCACCACUCCCAACCUCCCAAAUAAUUACGAAUACGUGCCCAUGCUCUGGGGUCUUGGUGAGCAUUCGGCGGGAUGGAAUCGCGCAGCUGAUAAAGCCAUUGCAUCUGGCUCCACCCAUCUUCUCGCUUUCAAUGAGCCAGACCUUGCUGCCCAAUCCUCCCUGAGUAUUCCCUUGGCUGUUGAUGGUUAUCGCUCACUAAUGCAACCAUACGCUGGAAAGGCUAAACUCGGAUCUCCGGCUGUGACCAACGGCGGCGCACCCAUGGGCCUCACAUACCUUCAAAACUUCAUCAGCUCGUGCUCAGGUUGCACUAUUGAUUUUGUCAACAUUCAUUGGUACAAUGGUGGAAAUGCUCAGGAUUUCAAGAAUUACGUUACAAAAGCACAUGCCGCAGGUGGAGGACGUCCGGUGUGGAUUACUGAAUUCGAAGCUUCGGGCGAUGUGGCGCAACAGCAAGCAUUCCUUAAUGACGUGCUCCCCUGGCUCGAUAGCCAGGACUACGUGGAGCGAUACGCAUACUUUAUGGCCGCAGACGGGAUUCUCAUUUCUUCGGGAACCACCCUGAGUCCAGUCGGUCAAGCAUUUGCCUCGUAG